AUGGGCAUGCUCAUCGUGUUCUGCUCCAACUCCAUCAACAUCCUGGCGGGAGUGAACGGGCUGGAGGCGGGGCUGACUGCUGUGAUCGCUGCAGCAGGAAGAGUGGGAGAAAAAGUGCAUGUGGCGUCUGGGGCCGUGCUGCCACGCGUACUGCUAUUCAACAUCUGGCAGAUAGGCGAGCUGCCAGGCUUUAAGCUGCCACUGCAGCCCGACAUGCAGCAGGCCCACCUCUUCUCCAUCGAUCUCAUCCUGCCCCUCAUCGCACGCAUGCUCGCUCUCCUCAUCUUCGACCGGUAUCCCUCUACUGUGUUUGUGGGCGACACAUUCACCUACUUUGCCGGAAUGACGCUGGCUAUGGUCGGCAUUUUAGGACACUUCAAGUGA